CUCUGAUGAAGUUUGAAGCAACGGAAAAAAGUAAACAGCUGUUAUAACCUCUGGAUGUCAAUCGACAAAAUAAAUAAUCAUUCACUCGUGGAAUAAAUAAUUUCUACGAUGGAGGAGCAGAAUCUACCGAUUGACAUUAACGCUGGAAAGUUGUUGGAUUGGUUGAUAACCCGUCGUCACUGCAAUCGUGGAUGGCAAUCAAAUAUCCUCGUAAUCAGAGAAAAAAUAAAUAAUGCUAUUCAGGACAUGCCCGAGCAUGAAGGCAUCACUAAAAUACUGACUGGGACUCACAUUAAUUAUUUUCACUGCAUCAAGAUUAUUGAAAUACUCAAGGAAACGGAGGCAGACACAAAGAAUUUAUUUGGGCGUUAUGGAUCACAGCGGAUGAAAGAUUGGCAGGAAAUUGUUCGACUGUAUGAAAAAGACAAUUUGUAUCUUGCUGAAGCUGCGCAGAUGUUGAUCAGAAACGUCAAUUAUGAAGUGCCGAGUUUCAAGAAACAGAUACAGAAAGCUGAGCAAACUGUGCAUGAACUGGAUAAAAAAUCUCUGGAGUAUAAAAAAUCAGAAAACACGGCCAGAACGGAGUUCACGAAUUUAUGUAAACAAUUGGGGAUUCCUGGGAAUAAAAUCAAGCGAGAGUUAGUAGGAAAAAUCGUCGAGUUGGGUGAUAUUUACGAGAGAAUAGCCAAAAAAGUUGAAUGUCUGGUCCCAGUGAUUGAAUUCUACACUGCAUUCGUGGAGUUCACGCUUGGCAGGAGUCGUCCCAAUGGGUGUGUACCCAUGAUUCAAUACGUCAUCGAUAAAGGAAAUACUACAACUUACGAGUGGACAUACGGCGAAGCGCCUCUCUCAGUUGUCGAAUCUCCAUUGAAUGUAGAUCUGGAUGAUGAGGAAAAAAUACCUUUUGGCGAUGACAAUAUCGUCGACCUAGGCGAUUCGGCUGAAAAUGCCGGAAUUGAUUUUGGGGAUGAGAUUAAUCUUGAAGAAGGCGGUGAAAUAGACUGGGGUAAUGUAGCCGAUGUGGACGAAGAGGGACACGGAGACGCAGUGGAUUUCAAUAUUUCACUGGAAGAGUCCGGAAUUGUCGUGGAAGCCGCUGGACACGAAGGGGGAAUUGCUACUGGAACCGAAGCCCUGACGAUACUCGACAAUCCAAAAACAAGAAGCGAUUUCAUCAACCAAUUAUUAGAGCUGGAGGCAUUCCUCAAAUUGCGGCUGUACGAGUUGAAAAGUGAUAAUCGUCAAAAUCUACUGACCAUGAGCCAAAUGCAAGAAGCCUCUCCAGUCCUACAACUUUCUACUGUUGAGAGCACUCAAAGUAUGCUGGAUAAUGUCCAGGUUAUUCUGUCAGAGAUACUGGACAGUCGUGUGCAACAUUUACAUUAUAUCAAACACUCUGUCAGGUAUGUGGAUGUGCUGGCUGGGAACCUGCAACAAAAACUGGUCUUAGCGGAUAAAAUGAUUGCGCUGCAAAAGUCCGUCAAAGUUAAACAAGAAGAAGUGAGGCAGCAGGCAAGCGCCCUUCAAGCUGUGCUGAAAGUUGUAGUCCAGAGGACUCGAGAACUGCAGAGUGAAAUCGAAAAGGAUAUCUCGAAGAAAUACAAAAAUCGUAAGGUCCACCUGACGGGGGGUAUCAGCACCCUAUAAUAUUCCUCUCGCAAAAUCCACUGGCAAAACUUUACUCUUCACGGGAGCUGUUGCAAAAUAUAUAUUGCGGUUACAUUUGUAGCCCAAUGUACUUAUUUUCCAUUUUUUUAAUGAGUCUAUACAUACAUUAUGAACUAGGUAAUGGCUAUGAACAAUUGUAAAUAAAUAUUUUGUUAACAUCGAAAUAAAGACGUCGAAAUGUGA